GGGAGUUUUAUGGUUUUAUCUACUUGACCCGACAGAGAAAUCCGGACCCGGAUAAAAUCCGACCCGUUCGAAUGAACUCAUACGGCCGAGAUUUUUCCACCAAACUCGACGGUUACCACUCGUUUCUUUGUCCACCAUCUUCUCUCUCUCUCUCUCUCAACCCCCGAAAAUCUCCUUUUCCCAAAAUUUUCCGAUUAUCUCACGCCGGAUUGUUUUUCAAUCGCCGUCUUCAUAAUCUCCGGCGACUGAAAUCAGUCUGGUAACUAUUUGAAUUUUCAUGGAGUGGGACAGUGGUUCCGAUCUAAGCGCCGAUGAUGCUUCGUCACUGGCGGAUGAUGAAGAGGGAGGUCUUUUUCCCGGAGGUGGACCAAUUCCAUAUCCCGUUGGGAAUUUGCUUCACACGGCGCCUUGUGGAUUCGUUGUUACUGAUGCCGUUGAGCCGGACCAACCUAUUAUAUAUGUCAACACCGUCUUCGAAAUGGUUACAGGGUAUCGUGCUGAGGAAGUUCUCGGAGGAAAUUGCCGCUUCUUGCAAUGUAGAGGACCGUUUGCUAAAAGAAGGCAUCCAUUAGUUGACUCUAUGGUUGUUUCCGAGAUAAGAAAAUGUAUUGAUGAGGGCAUUGAAUUUCAAGGCGAGUUGUUGAACUUUAGGAAAGAUGGAUCUCCGUUGAUGAAUAGAUUGCGGUUGACUCCUAUUUAUGGAGACGAUGAUACUAUUACCCAUAUAAUUGGAAUCCAGUUCUUUAUCGAGACAGACAUUGACCUUGGACCUGUUCUUGGAUCUUCAACAAAAGAAAAGUCAAUUGAUGGGAUAUACUCAGCUUUAGCUGCUGGGGAGCGGAAUGUUUCCCGAGGAAUGUGUGGGUUAUUCCAGCUGAGUGACGAGGUUGUGUCUAUGAAGAUAUUGUCACGCCUGACACCAAGAGACGUUGCAUCUGUUAGCUCUGUGUGCCGCAGGCUAUAUGUGCUGACAAAGAAUGAGGAUCUUUGGCGAAGGGUUUGUCAGAAUGCAUGGGGAAGUGAAACAACACGGGUAUUAGAGACUGUUCCUGGUGCUAAAAGACUCGGUUGGGGCCGCUUGGCUAGAGAACUGACCACCCUUGAAGCUGCAGCUUGGAGAAAACUUUCGGUUGGAGGUUCUGUUGAGCCUUCUCGCUGUAAUUUUAGUGCUUGUGCUGUCGGGAACAGAGUUGUUCUGUUUGGAGGAGAAGGUGUGAAUAUGCAGCCUAUGAAUGAUACCUUUGUUUUAGAUCUGAAUUCUGAUUACCCUGAAUGGCAACAUGUCAAAGUGAGCUCCCCUCCUCCAGGACGCUGGGGCCACACGCUCACUUGUGUAAAUGGCUCCAAUCUGGUUGUAUUUGGUGGCUGUGGUCAGCAAGGUUUGCUGAACGAUGUGUUUGUCUUGAAUCUCGAUGCUAAGCCGCCUACUUGGAGGGAAAUUUCGGGUUUGGCUCCGCCUCUACCAAGAUCAUGGCACAGCUCAUGCACCCUUGACGGAACCAAACUGAUAGUCUCUGGAGGCUGUGCAGAUUCCGGCGUUCUUCUAAGUGACACGUUCCUCCUCGACCUUUCAAUAGAGAAACCAGUGUGGAGAGAGAUUCCAGCUGCCUGGACUCCGCCUUCCCGGUUAGGCCACACACUAUCGGUUUAUGGAGGAAGAAAGAUCUUGAUGUUUGGUGGUCUUGCUAAGAGCGGGCCUUUGAAAUUCCGUUCGAGUGAUGUCUUCACAAUGGAUCUAAGCGAAGAGGAGCCUUGUUGGAGGUGUGUGACCGGUAGCGGAAUGCCUGGAGCAGGAAACCCAGGAGGAGUAGCACCACCACCAAGGCUAGAUCACGUUGCAGUUAACCUCCCUGGAGGCAGAAUCUUGAUAUUUGGCGGCUCAGUGGCAGGGCUUCACUCAGCGUCUCAGCUUUAUCUACUUGACCCAACGGAGGACAAACCGACUUGGAGAAUACUAAACAUUCCAGGAAGACCGCCUCGGUUUGCUUGGGGACAUGGCACUUGUGUUGUGGGAGGAACACGAGCGAUAGUGCUAGGUGGUCAGACCGGAGAAGAAUGGAUGCUAAGUGAGCUACACGAAUUAUCACUAGCGAGCUAUCUCACGUAACCAAAGAGAGCCUAUGUAUGAAAGAGAACCCAGCCAUAGAAGAAGAUGAAAAAGGGUUCUCGGUUAGGAUACUGGAGCUUUAGGGGAGAGCGACUCAGUGGUGGGACUUUGGUACUGCUCAUAUUUUUUAAGUCCUUCUUCUUCUUUCUUCCUCAUUAGGAGGACUUUUAGUGCUUAUAUAAUAUAUAUAGUGAAAAUGUCAUCUCUCUCUUUCUCUCUGUAGUGCUUGUUUCUGUUGUUCUCUUUGAAGUUUGAGAAGUGCAUUUGUGUUCAUAUUCUGUAAAUUUUAUUUAUGAUUACAAACUUUAAUAAGAUCCUUUCUCUUCUUAUGCUA